AUUGCGGGCCGCCCUUCGCCGCCGGGCCGCGGCCGCGCAGCCGGCGGGGGGGAAGGCGGCGGCAUCGCCCCCGCGGGGCUCCCCCCGCCGCACCCCGCUUUCCCUCAAAGUUCGGGGCGGGAGCGGGGGGGAGACCGGAGCCAACUUGUCCCGGAUCCCUUUAUUCGCCGCCGGAGCCGCCGUCUCUCCCAACCCCCGCGUGUGUUGCUGAUCGGAGGGACGGAGCUCGGUCCUGUGUCCGCCCCGCUCCUUCCUGCCCGCACCAUGGAGUUCGCCCAGAGGAAGAGGAGCAGGAAAUCCCAAAGCUUUAAACUGGUCAACGAAGAUUAUCAUCAUGAGAUAUAUAAGAUCUCUGACUACAGCAAUGAUGUUAAUGGGGAGACCAAAGAAACACAACCAGUUUUUUUAGGAGAUGAAAGCCGGGAAAUUAAAAAACAAAUUACAGGGAUGAGAAGAUUACUGAAUGACAGCACUGGAAGAAUCUAUCAACGAGUUGGCAAAGAAGGAGAAAAACUGAAGGAGGAGCCCCAAGAUUUAGAUUUAGCCUGGGCCCAGCGCCUGAAUCCCCCUACGGAGUCCCAGGCGAGCCUUCAUCCGUCACAGAGCGGUGCAUGGAAUGAGUUAUCACCCCAAGCCAGCCAUUUUUCAGGGCAAUACGGAACUCGAUCCAAAACAUUCCAAAAUCAGGCUCGAACUGUGGCAUCCAAUGGAGAAAUCCCAAUGGUGAAUUCAUCAGUUGGACCAAACUGCUGUACAUGUAAUUGCCAGUCAACCCUGCAGGCGAUUCUUCAAGAGCUCAAGACCAUGCGAAAAUUGAUGCAGAUUCAAGCAGUUGGGACUCAAAACAGACAGCAGCCUCCUGUUCCUCUGAUUUGUGCACAGAAGUCAACAAUAUCAAGAAAGAGAAAUAAAAAGAGAAAACUGCCCCUCAAAGCUGUUGAAGCAGUUACCAUGAAUAAGAAACCCAACUCUGCAGAGAACGAGAAGAGACUGUCAGCAAACUCAGAACGAUCGAGUCUGCAAGCAAUUGAACCCCCCCUGAAACCAGAAACCCCUGUUUCAGGGUUUGGAAUUAUCCUUGAAUCAGCUUCAUCCGAUCCAGAAGUGCAACUUGCAGAAGGAUUUGACGUCUUCAUGCCGAAAUCUCAGCUGGACUCUAUACUAUCAAACUACACUCGCUCAGGAAGUCUGCUCUUUAGGAAGCUGGUCUGUGCAUUUUUUGAUGACAAGACUUUGGCUAACUCAUUACCAAAUGGCAAAAGGAAAAGAGGACUCAAUGACAACCGGAAAGGACUAGACCAAAAUAUUGUGGGUGCAAUAAAAGUCUUUACAGAAAAAUACUGCACUGCUAACCAUGUGGAUAAACUUCCUGGUCCUAGGGACUGGGUCCAGAUUCUUCAGGAUCAAAUCAAACUUGCAAGAAGACGAUUAAAAAGAGACUCAGCAUCCAAACUCUUCUUCCCAGAAGUCCUUAAAUUAGCUGAUCCAUACAGGGCUGCAGAUGAGUCUUCUCACAUUCCUUGUGAAAGAAUCAGGAAAAAAAAAAUCAAAACAGAAACCAAAGAAAACCCAACCACCCAUCCUGGUUGUACCAGCAAGGAUCUGCAAACCGUGGGAGGCAGCUUGCCAGCAGUGACAGCAGAGGCAACUGACUGUGAUGAGAAGCCGGACAUUUCUCUACUACAAACAGGUAACCUUUUCGACACCACAACAGACCAUCUGAUAGAUGCAAACCCAGAUUUUUCAGUUUGAAUUUCACAUCCUGCAUCAGUGUUAUUAGCGGAUAGAAACAUCCUCUCCUUUGAGUAAUGUUCCCACAAGCUCAGCACGAGAACUUCAGUGCACCACAAGACAUGGGCAUCCGUACGGUUUUUCUUACAAGUCUAUGUUGUUUCCACACAUUUUCCAUGUAACCUCAAGUAAUGAAACCACCAGAUCGCUUCACUGCUCUUCAUCUUAAUUAAGGAUGAUUUCCCUCCGCAUCCAGUGCGUUACCGAAUUAGCGGGUAUCCACUCUGAGGUCAUUCUCUUGCCUAUGUUUCUCCUCCUUGACUGUAUUUUUCCACAUGAUUGUAUGCUUGCCAGCAGUGUUUCAUCUUAAACCACGCAGAAGUGGUGACUUCCUGUCCCCAGGGACCAGGGUGGCCUCUCUCUCCACCAUGAACUGUGGGGGCUUGAUGAACAUCCGAUGGUGAAGCUCUUUGCUUCUGCAAACCCACUUUUCCUUUCCUGGCUGCUGUGGUACCAAUGACCAGUCGCACACAGCUCUGAUUAAAAAGUCCUUACUGGAUUUAGGAGGAAACAAAGCAGGAUUUCUCUCAGCAGUUUCCUAGUUAUAGCGAGGAGAAGCUAGUCCUCAAACAAUUUACCUUAUGUGGCCCUAGUGGAAUGGCUCUUGAGCAUAUUUGUAGUGCAGAUUGCUGGAGGUGGUCAUUUUCCUCUCACUGUAGCCCCCAGCUUGUUCUGCCACCUCAAUCUCAAAAUGUAUUAAUUUUCUAAUAUCCAAGAAGAGGGUCUGCUCACUGUGAUUUUUCAACCACUGUCCUUGGCAACAAUACUCACCUAUUUAAAAAAAAAAAAGUCACCUUUCAACUGGCACUGUAUUGAUAUCUCAGCAGUUAAGACUAGUGAAUCAAUCGAGAAAUUGCACUACCCUCUUAGACACUGAAAGGGUCAGUCCUUUCAGGUCAGGGCUAAGGUAAAACUGUGUGCAGCCCUCCCUGAAAACCUUCACUUCUGCACCUUUCAUCAGCACUAAAUUCACUUUAAAAAUGUUGCGAAGAAAUCUUGAAGGUCUUACCUGCAACACCUAUCGAUCACCAGGCAGUUUGAGCACGUUUCCUGCAAUUCAAGGGAGAGCUUGCUAGAGCCUUUGCCAUUGUGUUUCCUUUCCUUGUGUGUACCUUAUCUUAGGUACUUUUUUUUUUUUUUUUGGAAACUAUUUGGCCUUUGAGUGUCUCAACAGAAGUGCUAUUACCGAGUGGGAUGGUUUUCAAAAUACUCAACACCUCUUUUUUUAACAAUCCUAAAGCCUGUUUCUCAGGUGUCACGGAAUACCCACAAAUAACACUGAAGCCAACAUGAACGGUUUGUUCUCUUGGCGCCUGAGAAACCAGGCUCCCAGCCCUUCCCUACCCACCUUCCAUGGACUUUUAGGAAUGACCAUGAUCUCUCUGAAACUGUGGAAUAGAUUGAAUGUGCACUGCAAACCUUAAAUUUUAAGUCUUUCCUUCCUUCAUGGCUUGGAGUUGCCUGCAUUGGGCAGGGGGCACCGGUCCGUUGUGUUGUAACCCUUCAGCAAUGAAAUCUGCAUUUUGUAAAUUUGGAAGAUUGCGUUUGUGUUUACUUACUGUGACUACUGUUCAGACUUUCUUCAGAAAUCUUUUUAUAGGGUUUAUUAGAGAGAAGAAAAAAAAAUCAUUCCAUAUUUAGGUAAAAAUGUCUCAAUCUUCUGUAUAUAUGUUUUAUUAAUAUGUAAAUAUUUAGAUAUUUUUAAAUUACUAUGUUCUUAAUAAAGCGACAAGGGACUAGUUGUGAAAUGGUGUAUAACAUUGUGUCGUGUUACCGAUCUCUGGGAAAUCCUCUUUGUCAGUUCAGAAAAGAAAACCUACAAUAAAUAACUUUAAUUGCA